AUGGCUCCAAGAGGCGGAGGCCGCGGUGGACGACAAAAUGCUGAGGAUGUAAGGUACGCACGUUUGGAGGAACGAAUCCAGCAAUUUGAGGAGCGGUUUGACAUGAUCGCAGAACAGAUUGCUGCACUGAAUAUCGAGAACCGAUCACAAAGUCGUCAUGAAGAUGAGGAAGAACAUUAUGAAAGUGAAGAAAUUGAAAAUCCAUUUGGGAAUCAUAGACAGAGAAGACAUGUCCCUCCACGAGAUCAUGGACGAUGGGAGUCAGGUUUCAAACUCGAAAUUCCAGAAUUUAAAGGAUGUUUGCAGCCAGAAGAAUUCUUAGAUUGGGUUGCUGCAGUUGAAGAAGUUUUGGAUUUCAAGGAUGUGCCACAAGACAAGCGGGUUCCCUUAGUGGCUACUCGAUUUCGAGGCAGAGCGGCUGCGUGGUGGCAGCAACUGAAGCAAACUCGAGUCCGAAAGGGAAAGCAGAAAAUUGAUACAUGGGAAAAAUUGCUAAAGUAUAUGCGAUCCACCUUCCUUCCACACAAUUAUUCCAGAACAUUGUAUCAACAACUCCAGAACUUGCGGCAAGGUUCUCACUCUGUCGAUGAAUACACAACAGACUUCUAUCAAUUGAUUGCCCGCAUUGAUUUGGGAGAGUCUGAAGAUCAGUUGGUAUCUCGCUAUAUUGGAGGUAUGAGAAUUCAAUUUCAAGAUUCAUUGAAUUUAUUUGAUCCUAUUUCUGUUUCUGAAGCACACCAGCGAGCUUUGCAAUUAGAAAAGCAAAUGAAUAGAAAGCCAGGAAUGCAAGGUAGUGGUAGUAAUCGCCAGAAUACCUCAUCCCCAAUUCAGUCUCGAAGUGUCAAUUCUCAAGCACCAACUGGAAAACCACCAGUAAACCCUCCACCUACCCGUACAGCUGUUAGUGGAACCAGUGGAGCUACAACACGCUGUUUUAAAUGUGGUGAAACUGGGCAUAGAAUGGCUGACUGCAAGAAGGGAGAUCGGUACGGGAAGGGAUUAUUCAUUGACAGUGAAGACACACCAACAGACGAGCAAUAUAAUAUUGAACAAGACCCCAAGUUUGAUAGCCAUUAUGACGAUUUUGAAGAAGAACAUGUUCAUGGUGAUAAUGGUCCUUUAUUAGUGGUUCGAAGGGUUUGUCUCACUCCACGAGCAGCUGAUGGUGAUUCAUGGCUUCGUAAUAAUAUUUUCCAGUCCACAUGCACAAUUAGGGGCAAGGUUUGUCGACUUGUUAUUGACUCUGGUAGCUGUGAAAAUGUAGUUGCUGAAGAGGCAGUUCAAAAGUUGGGAUUGGAGACAGAGAAGCAUCCUCAUCCUUACAAAUUAUCAUGGUUAAAGAAAGAAAAUGACGUAAGUGUUUCAAGACGCUGUUUAGUUUCUUUUUCCAUUGGUACUAAAUACCAAGAUCAAGUGUGGUGUGAUGUUAUCACUAUGGACGCGUGCCAUAUUUUGUUGGGGAGGCCGUGGCAAUAUGACAGGGGUGCAAUUCACGAUGGAAAGAAGAAUACAUAUAGCUUUUUGAUUGGCAAGACCAGACUUGUCUUAUUUCCCAAUAAGGAGAUUGUUUCCAAGCCAUCAAUAACUAUGGAAACUAAUACUCUAUUAACAAGGAGACAGUUCAGUGAUGAGAUUAAAAAAUCAGGGAUUGUUUAUGUGUUGAUUGGAAAAGAAUGUGAAAAACAACAUGGCAUCCCAGAAGCAGCCCAAGGUCUGAUUGCAGAGUUCCAAGAUAUAUUUCCAAGUGAGCUCCCCAGUGGUUUACCUCCACUUCGAGAAAUACAGCACCAAAUUGACAUAGUGCCUGGUUCGACUUUGCCCAAUCGACCACAUUAUCGCAUGAGUCCCAAAGAACAUGAAGAACUUCGUCGCCAAGUGGAAGAGCUUCUAUACAAAGGACACAUUCGGGAAAGUCUUAGCCCUUGUGCAGUACCCGCCUUACUCACACCAAAAAAAGAUAGCACAUGGAGGAUGUGUGUGGAUAGCCGUGCAAUUAACAAGAUUACAGUCCGCUACAGAUUUCCUAUUCCGCGGUUGGAUGAUCUUUUGGACCAAUUGAGUGGAGCAACAAUCUUUUCGAAAUUGGAUUUGAAAAGUGGGUAUCACCAAAUCCGUAUACGGCCUGGUGAUGAGUGGAAGACGGCGUUUAAAACUCGUGAUGGCCUAUACGAGUGGUUGGUAAUGCCUUUUGGGCUCUCUAAUGCACCAAGCACUUUUAUGCGUGUGAUGAAUGAAAUUUUUCGUCCCUUUAUUGGCAAGUUCUUAGUGGUUUACUUUGAUGAUAUAUUAAUUUAUAGUGCUAACCACAAUCUGCAUGUUCAGCACUUGCAAGAAGUUCUGAAAGUCUUGCACAGGGAAAAAUUUUUCGCAGCCAUGAAUAAAUGCGUGUUCAUGACAGACCGUGUUAUUUUCCUUGGAUAUGUGGUGUCUAAGGAUGGAAUUUCAGUUGAUGAGUCCAAGGUUGAAGCUAUUUUAAAUUGGCCAAUCCCAAGGAAUAUUCAUGAAGUGCGUAGCUUUCAUGGGCUGGUGUCCUUCUAUCGCCGCUUUAUUCCUAAUUUCAGCAUUCUUAUGGCGCCAAUAACAGAUUGCAUGAAGGCCGGACAUUUUCUAUGGACUGAAGUUGCAACGGAAGCUUUUCAACAAGUCAAGCAGAAAAUAACUUCAGCUCCCAUCCUUAUCCUGCCAGAUUUCACUCAACCAUUUGAGUUACAUUGUGAUGCUUCCAAAAUUGGCAUAGGUGCUGUACUUAGCCAAGAAGGAAGGCCUGUUUCAUUUUUUAGUGAAAAGCUGAGUGGUUCUAAGUCAAAUUACUCCACUUAUGACAUUGAGUUUUAUGCCAUAGUUCGAGCACUUAAGCAUUGGAGUUCUUAUCUUGCCUACAGUGAGUUUGUUCUUUAUUCUGACCAUGAUGCUUUGAAGCAUAUUAACAGCCAAGACAAGCUCUCCUCUAAGCAUGCAAGGUGGGCUGCUUUUAUUCAACAGUUUACCUUUGUUAUCAAGCAUAAAUCAGGAUCUUUAAACAAGGUUGCCGAUGCCUUGAGCCGUCGUUCAACACUCUUGGUUUCUAUGCGAAAUGAGGUACUUGGUUUUGAUUCGUUUCGUGAAUUGUUGUCAUCUGAUCCAUAUUUUGGACCAAUACUUCCUGAUGUUGGUAUUGGAAAGCAUACAGAUUUUGUUUUGCAUGAUGGUUUCCUAUUUAAAGGAAAUAAAUUGUGUGUUCCUGCCAGUAGCCUACGCUUGAAAAUUAUUCGAGAAUUGCAUAAUGAAGGUCAUUUGGGUCGUGACAAGACCUUGCAGCUUGUGAUGAAUACUUACUUUUGGCCUUCCAUGCGGAAAGAAAUCACCAAAUUUGUGGAGGGCUGUCGUAUUUGUCAAAUUUCCAAAGGUGUCGCUUCGAAUGCUGGCCUUUAUAUGCCACUUCCUGUUCCAAGUCAACCAUGGACCAACAUUAGUAUGGACUUUGUCCUUGGUUUGCCACGCACCCAACGUGGAAAUGAUUCCAUUUUUGUUGUUGUAGAUAGAUUUUCCAAGAUGGUCCAUUUUUUGGCUUGCAAGAAGACUACUGAUGCCAUCAAUGUUGCUCAACUGUUUUUUCGAGAAGUUUAUCGUCUUCAUGGGCUGCCUUUGUCCAUUGUGUCAGACAGAGACACCCGCUUCCUUAGUCAUUUUUGGCGUUGUUUGUGGCGUCUAUCUAACACCAAACUUGAUUUCAGCAGCGCUUACCAUCCACAAACCGAUGGACAAACUGAAGUCGUGAAUCGAUCUUUGGGUAAUUUAUUACGAAGUUUGGUGGGUGAACAUCUAAAGUCUUGGGAUCAGAAAUUAUAUCAAGCAGAAUUUGCUUUUAACCGCUCAGUUAAUCGCAGCACUGGCUUUAGUCCAUUUCUUGUCAAUUAUGGCUACAAUCCCCGAGCUCCAAUUGAUUUAGCCCCUGUUGCUGAUUUAAAGAGAGUUCAUGGCAAGGCUGAAGAUUUGAUUUCACAACUCCAAAAUGUCCAUCGCACAACACAACAGCGCUUGGUGGACGCUACUAGCAAGUAUAAACAUGAUGCUGAUAAGAAGCGUCGUUUUAUGGAGUUUAGUGUUGGAGAUUUUGUUUGGGCCAUUCUUACCAAGGAUCGUUUUCCUGUUGGUGAAUAUAACAAAUUGGCUGCUCGCAAAAUUGGACCUGUGGAAAUUCUUGAGAAGAUUAAUCCGAAUGCUUACAGAUUGAAGCUUCCCAGCCAUAUUCGCACGUCUGAUGUGUUCAAUGUGAAAUAUCUUGUUCCUUUCCGUGGCUCCAACUCCGAUGAUGAUCCAAAUUCGAGGGCGAAUUUUUGUCAACCCAGAGAGGAUGAUGCAGUGAGUUUAGCAAAUACACACAUGGACCAUUGGGAUCACGUUCGUGUAUGA